AUGUCUUACUACUCUGACAGCGACUCAUCGCGCCACUGGAGCGACGACGCCAGCAGCAACAUGACGGUCCCGCUGAACCCGCAGUUCAUUCCCUGUGACUUGCACACGCAGGAAGCUGCCGAGGCACUUGUCGAGUUCUCCCACAGCUCUCGGAGGACCUCCUUUGGUGCCUCUUGGCCGCCACGAUACAGUACAUGGCUGGACGGGGAGUACGCGGACUAUGACGGCGACAGCGAGGGAUACAGCCAAAGCGACGAUGAAGGUGAAGAAGAAGACCAGGAUUACGACUGCUAUGGUGGUGGAAGUGACACAUAUACUGUCCAGGAGGAAGAGUACGAGGAUCAAGAGACCGAGGAAUGGGAACAAGACUGGUCCGACGACGACGAACUCCAAGACUUGGUCGACCACCUCCACCAACAGCCCGUCCGCCCGCUCCUGCCCCGGUACAUCCUUCGUGACCCGUUCCGCCAUACGGAGCGUAUACUAGUCGACCUGUUCACUCAUAUUAUCCACGCAAAGCACGGCGCACCGCGGUUGGGAAUGAAGUUCCUGAACAAACUGGUGGACAAGUGGUAUCGGGAGGUUGGCGCAGCCGGCAUACAGCCUGUUGUGGCUAUAGCCUGGACGGAAUUCUGCGCAUGGAAGGCCCUCCACUGUGGCCUCACCGGCGACGUCUCCGUCGAAAACACUCGACUCGUGGUAUGGGUUGCACUCACUCUCAGCGGAGCGCUCACCUCGGCCGAUCGGCUGUUUGAAUGGAGUAUAGGGCUGUACACCAGUCCAUGGUGGGCCUUGGCGUUUGUCCGGGACCUGGGAGGCGUGGGGUGGAUGCUGUGGGGCAUCCAUUCGUCGUUUAAAGGGACGUACAUUGCCAUGGUCGAAAUAGCAGAGGAGAAAGCUGCCCGCGCAGAGAAUCGCGGGUCUCAACAAGGCGAGUGA